CAUAAAAUGAACUAGAAAGGUAUUAAUAUAAAUUGAUCUUAGAUCAAUAAUAAAAAUUCUAAAAUUCAUGAGUUGGGGUGAACCCACAGAAGUGAAUAUCAAAGAUCAAACUUCUUAAAGUAAUAUAGGUAAUAGAUAAUUAGGAUGGAGUAGUAAUAAUAAUUAAUAAUAGGAUUGCCUAUAAGUAUUGAAUAAGAUUAACAAAAAAUUAGGGUGUAGAUAAUGAAGAGGAAAGAAAAGGGAAAGGAAAGAAAGGAAAUAAAAUAGAAGAUUCUCCACCUCCUAUAAAAAGGAUUAGACCUAACCCAAUAGUUAUUGUAGUGGAUGAUGAUGAUGAUUGUGAAACUUAAAGUAUUAUUAUUAAUGAAUGUCCUUAAUUGUAAAGUAAAGGUAAAGGAUUGAUUUAGAAUACGAAUUAAUAAAUUUGUUAUUAAGGUAAUAUAAAAAUUGAAGAUUGUGUUUUGAAUAUAAGAUUUAUUAGUUUUGAUAUGAAAUAAAAUAUAACAAUUGGUUGUAUUGAUGAAUACUCAAUUGAAAAUGCUAAAGAUAGAUUAAAGAAGCUGAAUGAUUAAGUGAUAGUAGGUUUAGUUGAAGGUUUAGAUGAAGAAAAUUAGAAGGCAAUUAAUAAAUUAGCAGAUAGUUUAUUAGAUAAACAAUAGACAAUUAGGUUUAAAGAUGUAAGUUUAUUUAGUAUAAAAUAAUUAUACAAAAUAGAAAAUAAGACUAGAUUGGUUUUUGUUAAAUAAAUGAAUUAAUGA